CUUGUCUUCCGUCACAUGCAGUGUGUCGCUCUGAUCACAGCAUGAAGAUGACCCGCUUCCUCAUGGAGGGAUGCCACAUAUUUGACCGGACUCUGAGUGGAGAAAGUAACUCAGAGGAAUCCGUACAUAAAGGAAUCACCUCCGUCUUUAUCUGUGCUUUUAAAACAACAUCAUGGAGAGCGUUCAUAAUAACUUGCGUCUCUACAUCCCGAUCAGCGAGAGGAGCUGUGUAAGUCCAUCCCUCUCUGACUGCAGGGGCCCAACUCCCCCCUUUGAAGCCCCUCUGAAGCACCAACAAGGAUUCCCCUCUAAUGAGGAGGGUCCAGCUGAAACGCUGAAGCAUGAUCAAGCAGACAACUUCAGCCAGGCGGACUUUGAGGAAACCCUCAGAGCGUUUGAAGACUCUUCUGAGACUCGUUUGCUGACUGAAUUGUUGUCGUUGUGUUUGGAGAGUCAGGAGUUCAUGAGCAUGGGAAACCAACAGGGCACCAAGAUGAAGUCGAACAUUUUAAAUGCACAAAGUCGGGAUAUGUUAAUGAAUUCUCCGAGAAUGCAGAUCCCUCUGAAGAGAAGGAAAAGACUGGAUGAUCACGAUUACAACAACACCUUUCAGCAAAACCUAAAGAUGACGCCCAAUACUCCCAGGGUCUUCUGCAGGCGAGGAAUCUCACAAAGCUUCAAUUAAUGUGUUCUCCUUCUUUCGGGGAGUGGGAUUCAGAGGAGAACGACGCAACCUUUGACACUCCUGCUCCCAGAAGAAAGAGAGUUAUGGGAAGUGAAAGAUUGUCCGAGGUGAAGAAUCACAGUCCAGAGGAGGGGAAACCUACUUGGAGAGUCAAGCUACCUUCACAUUUUCAUACGUCUUUCAACAAGAAGGGCAUUUAUUCUCCGAGAGAUGACGUGUCCGAGAAGGAAAGAUGUGUACCCCCUGACUCGGAUACAGAACUCUCCGAGUAUGACAAUGAUGUGUGCUCAACGUAUACCUCCCCUCCAAGUCGAGAGUUGUGCAGGAAGGCAGAGCAAAACACCAGAAGCGUUCAAGAAGUACUGAUGAACCAGGAAGACGGAUACAAGUGUAAGGAAAAGAACAGAAAAUGUACAGGGGAGAAGUCCUCUCGAUGGAGGUGUAACGAGAUGGAGAAGGAGGCUGCAGCGCAGAGAGUGAUGGGCAAGAUCCAGGAGGUGGAAGGGAUCAUACGCCGAGUGAGUCACACAAGUUCAGACUGGAUCAAAGACGACAGCGGUAUCUCCGGUGGACGUGUGGGUGAAGGGCAGAACGGAUCCUGGGCUGAAUUUGAUUCCCAGCUGGAAAAGCAGAACAAAGAGUGCAAUGUGGACAAGCCCCUGAUGGUGGAGGAGCUCCGAACCUGGGUCAAGCUCUGAGCCAGAGUUUGAGAGAAGUCCUGAAGAUGGAGGAGCAGAAGUAGAUCCCAAGAAGACUUUUAAAAAGCCAGACCUUGGACGAUCAACCAGAAGGCCGAUGAAUAUGUCGGGGCAAUCUCGACGUUUCACUUCUACCUUGCCCUCUCCUUCAGCAGGGCGAGAAACCCCCCGUGUCCGUCCCCACUCCUGGAUGAUUCUCCAGGAGAAUCCAGCGGUUUUGAAGGCCUGUCCCCAAUCCUGUCGCCUGUGUUCACAUCCAGGCAGCACUCUCUCCUCUUUCCUGGGUAUCCCAAAGAACGGACAAGCUCAGAGGAUAAUGGUUAUUCCCUCGGGGGUUUAUAGGCAGCGGAAGAGCCACCGCAUACUCUGGAGGGACAGAAACUGAUCAGAAGAAGAACACAA